AUGCAGUAUUCAAAUCACCGUCAGAGGAUAUACAAUGGUUGUAAAAACGGGCAGCUUGGUCAUUAUGGAUCUCAGCUGAAGACGAGCGACUAUGCACUGCGUUUAGGAGAUGAAUUCUGCUCUGUGUGGGACUUGCCAGCAACGAAAAGAGUGAACCCUUGCUAUAAACGAAAAAAAAGGGGACGUUUUCGCCAGCCUUUGAACACGUACACGAACGCGGAGAAGCUGCUGACGGCGGCCGAGGAGCUGGCGCAGACGGGCGAGUGCAACGCCGACGAGAUCUACCAGGUUGCUCACGAGCUCGAGAGCCACGUGACGAGCUUCGCUGCGCGCGUGGAGCAGCGGCGCCGGCGCCUCGACCUCGCGGUGCUAUUCUACACGCACGACAAGGAGGGCAGCUUUAAAGAGCAUACGCCGGGAUGGUCUGCAUUUGACGAGAAGGAUGUUGUUAGGUAA